AUGACUGCCAAACCAUCGGCGCAAGUACAAAUAUCCCCCGGAAAGGGCCUGGGUUCCAUCACUCUGGGCGCUUCGCUACACAACGUCUUGACCCGGGUCAAGUCGCAUCCCCAAAUCUACCCCGCGCUUGACCUUGCUUACUCCUCCGCGGACCCUGUGCGCCAACCGGUGAUCUUACAGCUCCCGUUGAAUGGCCUGCGCCUUCGGUUCGAUGGACCAGACCAGCGACUGCGCUUGAUCGAAGUCCUGGACUUCUCUCGCACCGCCCUGGUAUACAAAGCCCAGGACGUACUCAAAGGCGCCAAGCCAACUGAGCAGCCGGGAUCGCAGCAGGGCCCGACCUUCCGGCAUGUUUACAACCGUCUAUUUGGCCCGUCCUAUCCAGGUGAAUACGUACCACCGACGGAUAACUCGCCGUAUGGCACCUACGUGUUGUCAUACCCUGGCAUCGCGUUCUCGUUUCCACUGCAGCACUCGGCCUGGUCCGACCAGUGCGACUUUGUUGCCCUCCUCUCAUCAUCGGCAGCACUGCCGGCUACAUCCAUGGCCAUUUUUCAGGGACCAUCCUGGCCAGAGAUCAGAGCAAAGUUGUUCACGCAGCUGCCACAGUAUCCACGCUCCUCGGCCUUGAUUGGCAAGAAUCGAGAUACACUCGCCGACGAGAUCGAGGAGUUCCGUAUUUUAGGUGCCGGGAAGCUGGAGGUCGUGAGACGAUCAAGUCCUCCGCUAUCCAUCAAGCUUGCCGAAACCACUCCGCAAGAUCUGAUUGCCGACUUCGGCCCGCCGGAUGCCGUGUAUCGUAAAAAUGAUCGCCGAAUCUCGAUCCACCGUGCGGGUGGACGUGGUGGGGCUGCUCUGCACAUGAGCCCAUCUCCUGGUAGAGGGAUCGACCUUCCCGAUACCGAUCACUCCUCCAGUAACAGCGUGACUGAUGAUUCAGAUGAGGAGAUCUCCCCGAACAAUCUCGGAGAUCCGGGCUCGUUGCCAACGGAGUGUUUUUUUAAUUACUUCCAUCAUGGAUUCGAUGCUUUCAUAUCUUAUCCAACCGAACCAGGCCCGGCAUUCCCCACAUCGGGCUUGCCCGAUCCAACGCCUCAGCCCCCAUCGUCUCAGUUGGCAGUCACAAAGAUCAUUCUGCAUGGCAAUGUGCCGGGUUCCUAUCCUUUUAACCGUCACCGGCGCAGCCGCUGGCGGAUUCAGCUGGACGGCUCUGGUGACCAUCUGUCUUCCGAGACCCCGUACGACGAGAUCUCUGAGCGUCUGCGCGAUCUCUGGAAAGAAUCAUUCUCCAACCCUGCUGAGGAGCGUGCGCUGCAACGUCCGAUGGUAUUGAACCGCGGUUGGGGUGACAGCCCCGAGAGUAGCGUGGAGUUCCUCGGAGGAUGGGAAGAAAGCACAGCCAAAGGCGCCCGGACGGGCGAUGGCGAUGAUUCCGGGUUGGGCAACACGGAGCUCUUUGGCUUCCCGGGGCUCUUAUUUGAGGUACUGAAGAACGGCGCCGUGAGCUGCUUGACGAUCUAUUAA